AUGUCUGCGCGACACUCAGAUCGCCCAGGCUCCAGGCGCAGCCGUUCGCGCUCUCCACCUUGGCGCCAACCGCAGAAACACCAUGACCGUGAAUGGCGCGAUCGACAGGAUCCGUCGCAGCAACCCCGACGAAACAUGAAAGACCAAGUACGGCUCAACCAGCUGCAGGAGGAUGAGCAGGCGCGCGAGUGGGUUUCGCAGGAGGAUGUCUUUGUCCUGAAACAAGCCAAGAAGAAGGCGGAGAUCAGAGUCAAGGAAGGCCGCGCGAAACCGAUCGACUGGUUGGCGGUCACACUGCGCGUGAUCGAUCCCACGCGCAAUCCCCUAGACGAUGAGAUUGCCGACUCUGAGCUGGAUAUCAUUGAUCCGGAUGGAGUGUUCGAAGGCCUGUCGCAGCCUGAGCUACUGGAUCUGGAGAAGGACAUCGAUACAUUCGUCGGCCUGGAGACCAACGCGCAGAACCGUGAUUUCUGGCAGACUAUGCGGAUCAUCUGCCGAGACCGUCAAAAGAUCACUGCUCCCGAGGGACGGGCGCUCAACUCCGUGGCUGCUGAUAUCAAUCGACUUUUGAGCCCCAAGUCUUACGAACAACUCCAGACACUUGAGGUGCAAGUGAAAAGAAAACUGAACUCCAAUGAGCCUAUCGACACGGACUAUUGGGAAGAAUUGCUACGCAGUCUGACGGUAUGGAAGGCGCGGGCAAAGUUGAAGAAGGUCUGCCAAGCCGUCAUCGAUGAGCGCGUGCGCGAUCUACGGAAUCAGCAGAGAGAGGAGGCGGAAUCGAUUCGGGCAAAGCUGGCACCUCUUGCGCCGCUCGUGGACGAUGCUCGCCAACCAGACCCUAAAGAGUUCGACGGAUUAGAUCCGGACCCAUUGCUCCAGAUCCGCCCGGAGGAUAAAGGACUGGAGAUUAUGGACGAAUCAGCGUUUCUCAAUCAGGUGGCCCGCGAGCGUCACAAGAUCCUGCGCAUGGGAUACGUCCCUCUACGGCAGCGAGCAGCAGACAAGUCUUCGGCAGUUGCGUACCCAGUUUCUACCAGCACCCCAGCCGCUGCCGGGUCGUCGCGAUUCUCAGCCAUUCCCAAUGACGAUUUCUCCCAGGCCACUAAGGCUCUGUACGAGCGGGAGCUGGCUAAAGGUGUGAGCGAGAAUGAGGAGAUUUUCACAAGCGAAGAGGCCGUUAUCACGAGCUCCAAGUCCCAGUGGGCCAGUAAACACCGGCCGCGCAAGCCCCGGUAUUUCAACCGCGUGCAGAUGGGCUACGAGUGGAACAAGUACAACCAAACGCACUACGACCAUGACAACCCGCCGCCGAAGGUUGUGCAGGGCUACAAGUUCAACAUCUUCUACCCAGAUCUCAUCGACAAGGCCAAGGCGCCCACGUACCGUAUCGAGCGCGAACACGGUCGCAAGCGCGGAGAGUCCUUUGCGGCCGCGGGCGAAGAAGACACCUGUCUCAUCCGGUUCAUGGCUGGCCCACCGUAUGAGGACAUUGCCUUCCGUAUUGUGGAUAAGGAAUGGGAUUAUAGCGCGAAGCGAGAACGGGGGUUCAAGAGUACCUUUGACAAGGGCAUUCUCCAGCUCCAUUUCCAGUUCAAGCGGAUCUAUUACCGGAAGUAA